UUUAUGAAAAUAUGCUGGUGGAGCUGCCAUUUGCUAGCUUUUUCCUCUCAAAAUUACUAGGGACAAGUGCUGAUGUUGACAUUCAUCAUUUAGCUUCAUUAGAUCCAGAAAUGUACAAAAAUUUGCUUUUUCUCAAGAGCUAUGAAGGAGAUGUGGAAGAACUUGGACUAAACUUCACUGUGGUAAAUAAUGACCUUGGGGAAGCACAGGUGGUUGAGCUGAAACCAGGGGGAAAAGAUAUUCCUGUCACCAGUGCUAACCGAAUCGCCUACAUCCACCUGGUGGCAGAUUACAGGCUGAACAAACAAAUCCGACAGCACUGCUUGGCUUUCCGGCAGGGACUGGCCAACGUGGUCAAUCUCGAGUGGCUUCGAAUGUUUGAUCAACAGGAAAUACAGGUUCUGACUUCUGGUGCCCAAGUUCCUAUUAGUUUGGAUGACCUUAAAUCUUUCACAAACUAUUCAGGUGGCUACACAGCAGACCAUCCUGUAAUUAAAAUAUUUUGGAGAGUCGUAGAAAGCUUCACUGACGAAGAGAAACGCAAACUACUCAAAUUUGUAACGAGCUGCUCACGACCACCUCUUCUGGGGUUUAAGGAGUUAUAUCCUGCAUUUUGCAUUCACAACGGAGGAUCUGAUUUAGACAGGUUACCUACUGCCAGUACCUGCAUGAACUUGCUGAAGCUUCCUGAGUUUUACGACGAGAACCUGAUGCGAAGCAAACUGCUUUAUGCCAUUGAAUGUGCUGCUGGGUUUGAACUGAGCUGAGUCAAACUGAUGCUUGUUUGGAUGAUCUACAGAGGAACUAACCAGUGCCUACUCUAUAAGCAGCACCCAUACCCAAACAGUUUUAAGGGAAUUCUGUCUAGGUUUCUGCAGCUCUUGUGUCUUAUCAAAUGCCCUCAAAUAGGUUUCAUUUCUAAACAUGAUUUCUUAGUUAGCUUUCAUUCCUGAAUCUUACGUUGACACUGCUUAAUGAUUCAAACCAAUGAAUUCUGUGUGCAGUGUGGCUGAUUUCUGUGUUUAUGUAAAGAAAGAGCACAUUAAAAGAACAGUGACAUCUCAGUGAAAUUAACCAAAGAUGAAGCUUUGGCUUUGUGCUGUUCAAACAUAAAUAAUUUCACAAACUGGCAAUAAGUUGUGUACCGUGAAGUGCAUUGGGAUGAAGUACAGGGCUAACAUCCUGUAAUUAAUCUUGGAGAUGGAAGUGAAGCAGAUGUUUGCAGAUAUCCCAGAGCUGAGAGGAUGAAAAUGCUCAUUACCGAUAACCUGACAUCUUUACUUAUGUUGUAGAAUUGUUUACAAGGCAUAGUUGUUGCAGAACUGGUUUUGAUUUAUACUAUCUUCCCUCGAGAUGGUAGGCACUGAGAUAAAAUGGGUAUAGUAUUCCAUUUGUGCUUUCUGAAAUACCUUGAAGAAGUAGGGUUUGCAUUAUUUUAAGUUCAGCCUUUGGCUGCAUCACUGUCCCUUGGACACUGUUGGGAGUGGAUGUGACUGUCCAGGUUGUCUCUGGUUUUUUUCUGUCUUUUGUGCCCGUACAGGAUUUUUGGUUGGUUGGUUUAAAUGAAUCAGGCUCCUAUUGCAUACACAGCACAUGCAGAAGUCAUCACUUUGGACAAAUACACAUGUAACAAUUAUUAAAAUUAUUUGAAC